UACAACGUAUGUUUUUACAGACAGAAAGUGAGUCAAUAAAAGAGAGAGAGGGAGUGGAAGGAAGAGAUACGUAGACAGAGAGUGACCCUUUUUGUAGUUAGUUGUGGUUUGGCUUUUUUGUUGGAUUUGGUUUGGACUAUCCUCACGAGAAGAAAAAAAUCCUCUUCUUCCCGCUUCUCUCUCCUUCUUUGAAUCUCAUCUCAUCUCAUCUCAUCUUCUCCUUCUUCUUCAACCCUAAGUAGAGAAAGAUAUAUAGAAGUGAAGUUUGAUGCGAGAUUGAUCGUUGAGAAAAUGGAUACACCUCAAAAAACAGUAACCCAGAUCGAGACUCCCGUUUCUAAACUCAAAGUCGAGAACUCUCCGGUGUUCAAUUACAUAAACAGUCUGUCUCCAAUCACAACUGUCAAAUCCACCUCCACUGCUCAGACGUUUAGCUCUCUCACUUUCACAUCUCCUCCUCCUGUUUUCACUACCCCUCACGUGGUCGCUUCUCACAAAGAAUCUCGUUUCAGAAGCCAUAGUAACUCCUCUGAUCCUUCCAAAGUUGGCCCUGAAGCUUCCACUCUAGAAGAAGAAGAAGAAGAAGAAGCGUUACUUGAAAAGGAACCGUCACAAAACCUCAAGAACGAGAGCGUUACUAACGAUGGCGCUUGUGAAGAUGUUGAAACGGAUCUGCAGAGGAUGUGCGACGACAACGUUAAACGGAAGAGUGAUACUCCAGAUUGGGAAACUCUCAUCUCCAAUUCUUCUGACAUGUUGAUCUAUGGCUCACCUAAUGAUUCAGAGGCUUUCAGAUGCUUCUUGCAGCGAUCAUCAGACUCCAAAACACGUUUAUGCAGCGGCGGUUCAAAGCCUGCAUUGGAUCCUAGUGUUUCCAAGAGCAAUGAACCUGAGUCCUCUGAUGCUCUUUCCAUAUUGCAUCGUGGAGUGAGAAGACGCUGUCUAGACUUUGAGAUGCCGAGAUGUGUAGUGCCUAGCAUUGGUCUCCAUCUUAACGCCAUUGCAAUGUCUUGUAAGGACAACAAUGUUAGUAAACAACACUCAUAUACCGGAAACGUUAAAGUCGGGUUGCAAAGUUCCACCACUCCUGCUCUCCCCUCUAAUGAUAUUGUCAGAGAAAGUGAAGCCAGGGAAGCUGUAGAAGAGGCUCCAAUGUCUUUAGCUUUGGUAGAAGUGAAUCAAAGCAGCCCCAAGAAGAAAAGGCGCAAGUCUGAACAAGCAGGAGAAGGAGAGUCAUCAUGUAAACGGUGCAACUGCAAAAAAUCAAAGUGUUUGAAGCUUUACUGUGAAUGCUUUGCUGCUGGAGUUUAUUGCAUAGAGCCAUGUUCAUGUGUUGAUUGCUUCAACAAACCUAUCCAUGAAGACACUGUAUUGGCUACUCGCAAACAGAUUGAAUCCAGAAAUCCCCUUGCAUUUGCUCCUAAAGUCAUCAGAAACUCUGAUUCCAUCACUGAAGUUGGAGAAGAUGCAAGCAAAACUCCGGCCUCAGCGCGACACAAAAGAGGCUGUAACUGCAAGAAAUCAAAUUGUCUGAAGAAGUAUUGUGAAUGCUAUCAGAGUGGUGUUGGCUGUUCUAUAAACUGUAGAUGUGAAGGAUGUAAAAAUGCAUUUGGCAGAAAAGAUGGGUCUUCAUUUGCUGGUAUGGAUACCGAACAAGAUCAAGAAAAUGAAACAUCUGGCAAAAGUGGAACAGCCAUACCACUUCCACCUUCAACACCAAUGUCAUUAAGACAACCAUUGUCUCAACUUCCCAACUCAUCAAACAACAUGCUGCUUUCUCAACAGUCUCAGCAACAUCUUCAUGGAGCUUCUGGAUCAUCCUUGUACAAUAAUAGCCAAUCAUCUUUCAGAAAGCAAGAUAUGAGUUUGUUGUCUCAUUCAAGGAUUGAUACAAUUGCAGAGGAAAGAGCAGAGGAUAUUGAGGAUAUUGAGAAUCUUAUUCAGUCUCCAGUUACCAACAUCAAUGCGGUAUCUCCAAACAGCAAAAGGGUUUCUCUGCCACAUAUGGAGUCAACAGAGACGACUCCUUGGAGAAGAAACGGUGGAAGGAAGCUCUUGCUGUCUUCAAUUCCAACUUUUCCUUCACUCACUCCACACCACUGAAAACAAUUCAUUGAAUCUUUGAAUAUGUGAUGAUGUCAACAUCUAGUUGGUAUACACCACAACAUUUUUUGUUUGCGUUUGUGUGUUCACCGUGGCUGUGUAAUAAGAAUGCUAGUCAACAUAUUCAAUCUUUCUUGCGUAA